GGCUCGUCUGGGUGCGCAGCAACAGCAGUCUGGCUCCAACAUUGAGAGAGAGGGCUCGUGCUUGGGGCAAAGACGAUGCUUGGGCGUGAUUCUGACGACAGCAGAGCUGAGGAAACGAGGAGGUGCAUUGAUAGGAGGGCAGAGAAGGAGAGGAAGAGGGGCGGCACCAGUGCCCCAAACAGGCGUGCCGGACGCGCCAUGAGGGCGGCUGGGAUCUUAUCGCUGCUCAGUUUGGUGGCACAAGCGUCCGGCUUUGCGAUGAUACCCAGGAAUCCCUUCAUUGCUGACAGCCCUUGGCCAAUCGCUCAAGUAUGGGCCGCCAACACUCAUCGAUCUGAUCUGACCCCCUUCUGUGCGUGUCGUGUGUGUGUGUGUGUGCUCAGUGUAACAACUAUGCCCAGGCGUCGACGCUGCUGCCAGGUCCGUUCGAGAAGGGCGGCGCCAAAGUGGACGCCCUGCUCGACUACCGACUGGCAGACCCCAUCAGCCUCCUGUACACAUCCGACGGCAAGGUCGUCUGGGGGUCCUCCCUCACCCACGUCUUCAAGCUCGACCGGUCCACCAAGAAUCUGCGGAUUGUCGACUUGGUGCCGAAGAGUGAGGAGCUGCGGCAGAAUGACACUUUCCACGGGGCGUACAGCGUGCUGAGCAGCGAGGGCAUCUACUACACGGCCACGCUCUUCUCCAUCGAGGCGUAUAAGGACAAAGAGGAGGGCAACUCGACCUCCAAAAUCAAGUUCUUCAAACGGUGAGGCGAGUGACGAUAUUGAGGCAUGGCGGCGCAGUGAUGGGUCUGUCUGUUGCGCUGUGUGUAGGUGGAAGAUGGAUGACCGGCUGGAGAGUGAGAGCAUCAUCGGUCUGAGCAUGACGUAUGACGGCGUGCUGGUGUUCGGCACCAACCGCGGCCGCAUCGGUGUGCUCUCCCGCAACCUGGAGCGCCUCAUCGACAUGGUCCAUCUCGCCGACGAUGGCGACAAGGUCACCGUGUCCAACAGCCUCGCACUGGAUGAGGAUGGCGGCAUCUACUCUGUCACAUCGAAGUCAGCCACCCAAGACGUCCACAUAGAGAGACCUCAUCUCGUCCAUGCCCCCGGUAUGUGUGUGUGGCUGUAGGUAUCUGCACAAGACCUUUUGGGACCCGAUAGAGCAGGAGCUGCGGCCAGCGUGGGACGGCGAGUAUGAUGUCGGCGAUCACGGAGGGGCGGGACGGCUGUCGGCGCAGGGCAGCGGAAGCACACCCAGCCUCCUGUUCCAUGAGAAACACGGACGAUUCGUGGCCAUCACGGACGGCGGCAGCCUCAUGAAUGUGGUGGUCUUCAACGCCACUAGUGGUGCCAAGCUGGCCGAGCAUCCUGUGACCUUCGGCGACCCGAGGGCAGCAACAUCAUACUCAGACCAGGCAAGAGAUCGGCACAACACAAAAUCCAUUUCACGACCCUCUCUGUGUAUCUGAUGUGCAGUCCAUUCUGGUUAGCGGUAUGCGCAUGGUGGUGGUCAACAAUGCCCUCACUCGACGAGGCGAGCUGGUCGAGUCCGCCCUGCAGCUGGCUGUCGGCGGUCCAGACGGCAUCGAGCACAUCGUCAAAGCACAAAACCUGCCACCUGUAACCACACCAUACGACCAAACUCACACGGGCAGAAAGAGCCCUUUCCCUUUCCCUCCUUGUGUGUGUUCGAUCUGCAGAUCAUAUCAGAGGUAGCGGAUUUGUGGCCGGCGUUGCUGGGUGACGCCCCCCGUGGUGUGGAGCAGUUUGAGUUCGACCCCGUGUCUCGUUCGCUGCGGACGACGUGGGCGCGUCCUGACCUGGCCAUCCCCAACGGCAUCCCCACCAUGAGCGAGUGGACCGGACUCAUGUACGCCGUCGGCAAACGCAAAUGGAGAGGCGCAUGUGAGCGACAGACACUAGAGACAGAGAUGGCAUGUGCAGGCAGACCGCGAUGUGAUACUGUUGGGUCUUGUGUCGUAUGUCUGUGGUUGUUAGCGUCCGCUGAGUUGGGCACAGGUUGGUGGUCUCUGGAGGCGCUGCACUGGUGGACGGGCAAGGACGCCUUCACGGUGCGGCUGGGUGACGGGCCAAACUACAACAGCCUCUACGCCGCUACCGAGAUCGGCGUCGGAGAAAUCAUCUCGGGUGUCCUCGGUGAGUGCCCUCGGCAGCAUCCAUCCACACUUGUGUCCCCCUCUCGGUCUGCUUGUGUGUGUGUCUGACUGUCGACCAUGCAGGUGGCGUGGUCCGUGUGCGUCAGGAGUCUCUCUUCCUGGACGGCACCCCCAACAAGCCUCCGACGGCGGCAAGCGGCGGCCAGCUGCAGCAGCGAGGUCUCGAGUCUGUGCUGGGUCUCAACAUCACCACCCUCACGAACAUGCCCCCCAGAUUCAGGGGCCGCAGGGGCGACGGCAACGGCGAGGGCAUUCUGCAGCGCGACAUCGGCCGCGAGGGCACCAGGCGAGAGAACGGCGCCAGACGGCAUCAGGACAGCCAUGAGAUUGGGGGCCGGUUUGACGGCAGCCUCCUGAGGAUCCCCGACAACCCCAUCACGACCUACAGCGAACUGAUCACAUACCUCAGCUCGCCAGAUAUGAUCGCCAGCACCUCCACGGUGCCCACGAGCACCGGCAAUGGCAAGGGGCCGCGGCGCGGACAGAAUGGGGGGCCUUUGCUUAGCGGGAAGCGUGUGGAUCACUUAUUGAGCAACGGGCCGGUCCUCAAGCCGAUCCCUCCGCCUAUCCCUGCACUUCCGUUGAUGGCACCUGAGGGCCUCAACGCCGUGCAUGACAGCAUCAGCGACCCAGCAGCAGCUGCCGUCAUGGCAGCGGUGACACACAAUGCAGAGGAGCAGCGCAACGCCUCCACGGCAGCAGAGGCAACGGCGAGACAGAAUGAGGCGCAGAAGGAGGAGACAGGGGGGAAGGGGGCUGGCAGUGAGCAGGCUAUCAUCCCUGUGAGAAGCGACAUUGACUUGGAGGCCUUGCUGACCUCGUUGGGCGGCGAGUCGGGCGAAGAGGGAUCAUCCUCAUAGACAUUGAGAAGUGAGGGCGAGAGAGAUAUAUAGACUCAUGGAUGUGUGUGUUCUUUGUUACAUCAUUCGUGUCCUUUUAUUCCAAAACGUAAGGGG